CAUGUUGUUGUAGGAGCGGGAAAAACAUGGCGACGAACAUCUACGAAGCUAGCUAGCACACUGAGGACUCAAAACAUUGUCUGAGGCGCCCCUUUUCUCUGUAUGAACGUGUUUCUCUCCUGUUUGUCAGUGAAUUUCUGGGAUCAAGAAUCUCACAGAGCCAGGGGAGAUGGAGGAAGAUUCCGGGCGCCUCAACAAGUCUGACCAAAUGACCCAAGGUCAACCAGGCUCUCAACAAUCCGUGUCUCCAAGUCAGUCAUUCCAGUGUAACCAUUGUGUCCUCCUCUUCAAAUCAAAGUAUUUCCUCCUUGAACACAUGAAGAAGGUGCAUGGCGUUGAUGUGGAUCCUUCACAAAACGAAGGGAGUUCUACUCCCUCAGAGAGUUCCACGCCACCUCACAGUAGCACUCGCUACAACAGUUCAAAAAAGUUUUUCUCUUGCCGGCAUUGUGUGUUUACGUCUUCCAGUUGGACAGUUAUUAUCAAACAUGAAAAAACAUAUCACAAGGUGCCGGUAAGGGGUCCUGGUAAGGGCGGGGCCUUGAAAACACAGAAACGGUAUUUGAGGGGCAAGAUUCUCAAUGCCAAAGUGUCACUGCCAGGUAAGAAGAAUCACAAAAAUGUGUCAGCACUCAAACGCAAAAAAGGGGACGUGGGGAGAGUGAAUUCCAAGUCUACCUUGAAAACCAUAAACAUUCCUAGCUCUAGCUUAUUGUUGAAGAACCUGCGAACUCAAGUGAGAUCCUCAGGAAAUUGUUCUAAAUUCAGAGUCGUACCUGGAAGUUCAGCGCAUGAGUCAUCUUUAAAUUCCUUGCCAAUGAAGAUGUCCACCCUCCCAAGGCCAUCAGGUGCGCGUGAUGUGACUGUCAUGUCAGAUGCGCCUUUCCAUAGCUAUGACCAAGACGAUGGUAAAGGUGUUUCUAAAGUAACUGACGAGAGAUUUCAUUCAGAAAGUGAACAGAUGGGCUCUCACUGCUGCUCGCUCUGCAACUUCUCUGCGACUUGGUUGGAAGAUCUUCACACUCACCAGCGAAGUAAGCACAGUUACCUUUUUUACAGCAUGGGUUCAAGUCUGCUGGACAAAACGGUGACAGAACAGCGGAAUCUCAAACCUGAAACGUAUAAUGGAAUGUCACUGACAGAGCCAUUAGCUAAAACCACCAAGAAGAGAACGCAUGAUGACACUCCUUUAAGUCCCGCUAAGAAAAAUAUCAAAACAAGCCCAGAAAGUACAGUCAUCCAAAGUAAGCUAUCAGGGGGCACUGCUUUCACCUUUGAGGUUAGCGAGGAUGAAGAGGAGGGAAAUGCCUGGAGAACUGAACUAGAUGCCUCGGGAAAUGAAAUAGAAGAUCAGUUGGCAAAUGGGGAAAGCAGGGACAACCCCAAAAAUCUUUAUCAUUGCAAACACUGUGACUACAGUCACAAGUCAUCUCGCAGUGUGAGCACCCAUUACCAGAGAAUGCACCCUUACAUCAGGUAUGACUUUCAGUACAUCAUGAAUCCAGAUGAUUGGACUGCCACCUUCCGUUGCUUGGAGUGUCCGGUUGAUUUUGCCGCCCCUGAUGACCUUAAGCAGCACUAUAGGGAUCAUCACCCAGAAGCCCCAAAUGUGUUCAUGAUGCGAUCAGAUCAGCUUGAUUUGGUGUAUAAGUGCUUUGCCUGCCCAUUCACCAUUUCUAAUGGCAAGUACUUGAAACCCCAUUACAAAAACAAGCAUCCAAAACUGAAAAUGAGCAAUCCCUUAAUGUACUGCAGUUUUACUACCAAGCCCACUGAACAUAAACCCUCUACAUCACAACAUUUAGGGCAAACCUCCAGCCUAAAGAAUGCAGAGGUUGUCUCUCCUGAGAGGUCUCCGACCCCACAUAAAGAAACUGUUAAUAUCACCCAUACACCCUCAUUAGCAUGUUCUGCUUCCAUGGGAGUCGAUGUGGAACUGUACCACUGCAAACAUUGUGUAUUCAGCAAUAAGUCAGUGGUUGUCAUGCUUGUCCACUACCAAAAAAGCCACCCGAAGGCAGGAUUGACAAUUGACAGCAUAAAACAAGCUUCUCUUGCCACUUCCAGGAAACCUAAGGACGAAACACAGGUGUCUCCUGAAAAUAUGGUUUUGGAGCCAUUUAAACUCCUAGAAGUUAAGUCCCCCAACAUUUCCCUCUCCAGACCAGAUGUUGCACAGGAAUAUGCAGAGAACAUGUUUUUCUGCCAGCAUUGCAACUAUGACAACCUCACAGUGAGGGGGGUGUUGAAUCACCAAAGGUCAAAACACCGUGAUCUCAAGGCUUCUGUUGAGCAGAUACACCUCUAUACUGCUGAGGUUCGUAGUCAAUGUAAAAAAUCACAGGGCAUCGUAAUAGUCUCACCUAGCACUCCCCUCCAAAAUGAUGUUGCACAGGAAGACGUUCCAUUCAAACUUCCAGAAGUUAAGUCUCCAAACACAUCCUCUCCCAUAUCCAGUGUUUCACAGGCAGAUGUUGAGAGUCCAUAUUUCUGCCAGUUUUGUGACUAUUGCAACCCCACAGUGAGAGGCAUUAUGAAUCAUCAGAAGUUAAGACACAGUACUCGUAAGUCAACUGCUGAAAGUAUAAUCAAACAUACUGCUAUGAUUCGUAGCAGCCCCAAUGUGAGAGGGGUUUUGAAUCAUCAGAUGUCGUCUCAUAGUCAUCUCAAGGUGACUGCUGAUAAUGUCGUCAAACAUACUGCUGAGGUUCAUGGUCAAUGUGAAAAGCCUCAGUUUACUGGAUAUGACUCAUCUAAUUCCUCUUUAAAAUCCACUGUUGAGAAUGAGGUAGCUGACUUGUUUUUUUGCCAGUACUGCAACUAUGGCAACCCAAGUGUUGCAGGGGUUUUGAAUCAUCAGAAAUUAAGACAUCGCCGUCUUCAGAUAUCCACUAAUCAGAUUAUUCAAUAUACAUCUGAGCUUCUUAGUCAAAAAUCUACAUCUCAGUCUGCUGGAUUUGGGGCCCCUAACUCCUCUCUCCUCAGAUCUGAUGUUGGGAAUGAGGCAGGUAACUUGUUUUUCUGUCAGUUUUGCAACUAUGGAGAUCCCUCAAUGAGCGGGAUUUUUAAUCAUCAGAAGAGAAGACACGGUCAACUCAAAACAACUCCUGAUGACAUCUUCAGGCAUACUACUGAGGUUCGAGGGCAAAUGAAAACAUCAGAAGAGUCUAAAAGAGUCAACUCAAUGAACUCUUCUCACAUCUUACCUCUUCCUCUUGUGACGGAAGAGGCUGUGUUAUUCUGUCAGCUUUGCAACUAUAACAAUCCAACCAUGAGUGGGGUUAUGGAUCAUCAAAGGAAAAGACACCCUGAUCUUAAGGCAACUCAUAAACAAAUCCUUGAAUAUACUGCUGCUAUGAUUUUGGCCCAAUCUGGCAAAUCACCUCACUCAUCAUUCUUAACAUCUGAGAUUUUCCAAGAAGAAUUAGAGAAGUUCUUCUGCCAGUAUUGUGACUAUAGCAAUUCUACAGUAAGGGGGAUUUUGAAUCAUCAAAAUAAAAUGCAUGGUGAUCUCGAAACAAACGCUGCGCAGAUCUUAAGGCAUACUGUUGUGGUUCAAGGGCAAACCAAACAAUCUCAGUCAAAAGCAGUCCACUCACCCAACUCUCCUCACAUCUUGUCUCGUCCUCUUUUGAAGGACGAGGUUGCAGACAUGUUUUUCUGUCAGCUUUGCAACUAUAGCAAUCCAACAGUGAUAGGGGUUUUGAAUCAUCAAAGGAAAAGACACCUUGAUAUGAAACUAACUGCUAAGCAAAUCCUUGAAUAUACUGCUACGGUUAUGGGCAAAUCGCAGCCAGUACAAGAAGACACACUUAACUCAUCCCAAGAAGAAGAGGGGAAGUUGUUUUACUGCCAGCAUUGUGACUAUGACAAUGCCACAGUUAGGGGUGUUUUGAAUCAUCAGAAAUUAAGACAUAGUGAUCUGCCGGCUACUGCGGAUCAAGUUGUCCGGUAUACUACCAUUGUUCGCACCCCCCCCAAGAAAUUAAUAACCCAACCACCUAAAAAGUCCCCCGUGAAAGCUUCACAAUCUGGCACGCAGAAAGCUGCACCACUCAGGUCCUUAAAAUGCCGCAAAUGCUCUUAUAUAACUCCCCAUAUAUAUCUUUUGAAAAGGCAUCUGAGGAAUAACCACCAAGAGAAAGCCCCAAUCACAACGAUUAUGCGUUGGGCUUACCAAGAUGGCCAUUUACAAGCAGGUUAUCAUUGCGAGUGGUGUGUUUGUUCACACACUGAAGCGAAGGAUCUCCUCCGGCACUACCGGCAACGUCAUCCAGAUAAAAAUACUGGACUUGAGUCCAUCAUCCUGAGGUUACAUGUUGGCCCUAAGACUUCUCUAUCUAAAACAAUUAAGCCUAACACAGAGUGCAAUGUUAAACAUGAAAAUAUUACCCUCAGGUUUGGGGAAGUUCCGAAGACCUCCCCAUCUUUUCAGUCCGGAGAAGGUGACACAAAAGUCUAUCCAUGCCGAGCAUGUUCCUUUAAGGCUACUUCAAUGGGGGGUAUCGGCAGCCACUACCGUGUAGUUCAUCCAUGGUCUGUCAAGGAAGAUGGAUCUGUGUUAGAUGUCAUUAGUAGUAGGCAGACCCAAGAGCCAGGGGUCCAUGAAGAGCCAGGGGUCCAUGAAGAGCAAGCUGUUCAUGAAACCUCGAGGUCAAGCGAGACACAUAUGUGCCCUGUCUGUUCCGGAGAGUUCAACACCCUCCAUGGUAUGUUUACUCAUUGUGGAAAGAAACAUCCAGAAUAUGAUAUGAAGGUUCAUGAGCAGUCUGAUGUUCAUGAAACCUCAAAUCCAAGCCAGCGAUGGAGGUGCCCUGUCUGUUCCGGAGAGUUCAACACCCUCCAUGGUGUGUUAACUCAUUGUGGAAAGAAACAUCCGGAAUAUGAUCCAUCAACUUGUGAAAAGGAACCUAAAUCUAGUACAGGUGAUGGGACUCUGGUAUUCAAGUGUUCAAUCUGUCCGUAUGUGAACUCUCGCCCUCAUGGUGUUCUAACUCACUGCCAGAUGAGGCAUCCAACCACCAAAGCCAGAACUGAGAGACUUGAACAAGAAAUUGUACACUUCAGUGACCCAGAUGAAUGUGUGAAAGUCCGAUUGGGUAAGAGGAUAGGAUUGGCAGGCUUCCAGUGCAAUAUGUGUCCAGUCAUCCAUGCAAAAUUCAAGAAGUUGAAAGCUCACUAUGAGAUGGAUCACAAACGAUCUGCCCCCAAUAUGUUCAAACCGGCCUUGAAAAAAUCCGCUGCCAUUAAAAAACAUCUUCUCUCCAAAUAUAGAGGCUCCCAGACCUCAAUUGCCCAAGCUGCCAUUUUAAAAAAUAGGAAAUCCAUCAUAGUCAAAUGCCACCUUUGCAAGUACUUUUGCACCACUAAAAAAGGUCUUGCCCGCCAUCUUCGCAUUAACCACAGUACAGUGGCUCCAAUUGAGGACAAAGAGUUUUCCUACAAGUGUGCACUGUGCUCGUAUACGACUUUGAUUUGUAAGUACCUUGCAGCCCACUAUAGGAGGCAACAUGACAAUGCCGCUUUCAACAACCACUUUGUUCCAGCAUUCAGAGCUCACCGCAUUCCUCCAACCUCCCCACACCAUAAGGCUUCUUUGAGUCCGGAAACCAAAUCACCUGGUGAGAAGAGAAACUGUUCUCUCUGUUUUUUCCAAUGUCUUAGUGAAAAAGGCAUGGUCUCCCAUUAUGUGAUUUGCCAUCCAGGAGUCUCUAACAGCAUGCACAAAUCUAGCGAACACCGACCGAUUAACACACUGCACUCUCCCCCAAAGCCCAGAAAUCGCCACAGGCAGCAGAAACCUGUCUGCAAGUUAUUUGAUCCAGAAUGUGAGAAAGGCAGCGCAUUGCGUCCAGUUGAAUGCAAGAAAUGUGUGAAAUUAUUCUUCAAUUCAAAUCUCCUGCUAAGUAUCCACUACACCAAUUUCCACAACGAAGAUUUCAAACGGGACUUCACUAUACUUUCAAAGACUUCAGAGAUUGGCACAGAGUUCUACAGAUGUGGAUACUGUAACCUCCAAAUCCAGGGCAGUGUGGACCUCGGCUCCCAUCUCGACCAUCAUAAUGAGGAGUUUCAGACGCUGGAAAAUGGACAGAAGAGGAAACAACACCUUAGUGAGCCACCAAUAAAGACCAAGUCUGUUAAGCAUGAAAGACAAGAACUGCCCGAUGUUCUGACGGCAGCGGAAUCGGACAGUCAUUGGAUUGUGACAAAGGUGGAAUCUGUUGCAACAGGGAUGGGUCCAAUGGGGUCCCCUUCCCCUGUCCCGUCGACAACAGAACCAGAGGGGGGGUCAGCGGGAGAGGAGUGCAAGCACUGCGGGCGAACUUUCAUGUCUUUGAAAGGUUUACGCUCACAUGAGCGGAGCCAUGCAGCUACAGCAGCGCUCAAACGGCUGGACAACGUACCACAUCAACAGAAGCAGAUGUUUGACCGCCAUAUUAGACAUCGCCCCGGGACCAUCAAACCCUUCCAUUGUGGGCUCUGUCGGUACAGAACUACCAUCUUGAGCCUUUUGAAGAACCACCUGCUCAAAGUACAUGGUGCUGAGUACCCAUCCAAGAACCUUCCUUCCCCCGUGACCGGUAGCCAGGACAGGGAACACACCCUGGAGGCCCCUAACCUGCCAGAACCUCAGGAAGGCAAUCACAUGUCUGACGAUUCUGAGGAAACAGACCUCACUGAAAAACCAGUGUACUUGGAGCCCCCAGAUGUCCAGCGGCAGCUCAACCACUACAGGCAGGUGGCUCAGGCCUCCAGACAUCCAGGCCAACAGGCCACCGCGACCACUCAAGAUGCGUUAUUCAUCUGUGAGUUUUGUAUCUACACCUCAACACACAUCAAGAGUAUGCGCCGGCACUACAUAAAUCGUCACAAUGGGAAAAGGCUGGUGAGGUGCAAGGACUGCUCCUUUUUCACGGGCUUCAGGAAGAAUUUGGAUGUACACAUAGAGACGGCACAUGCCAGUAGCGCAACAGAAGCUCCUAAGGACCUACGCUGCCCUCUCUGUCUUUACCACACCAAAAACAAAAACUGCAUGAUCGACCACAUCGUCCUCCAUCGUGAGGAGCCGGUGGCCCCGAUAGAGGUGCGUCGUUCAAGGCUAUCGCGAUAUCUCCAGGGCCUCGUGUUCCGCUGCCACAAGUGCACCUUCACUAGUUCCAGUGACGAGAAGCUGCAUCUGCACAUGCUCAUUAAGCACGAUGAUAUCAAGCCGUACAAAUGCAGACUGUGCUACUUUGACUUCACACAGCUGAGCGAGUUGGAGGCACACCUAUGCGAUAAGCACCAGGUCGUGAGGAACCAUGAGCUGGUGGGACAGGUCCAUCUGGAGGAACUGGAGACCAGACUGGAUAGAGUCAACCGAGAAAAGGAAAAGAAAUGUGACCAGGAAUUAGAAAAUGAAGAAGACCAAGAAGAAAGAAAUAAACAUGGUGAAAAACAAGGGCUGGAGGAAGAGGGGGAGAACGCUGACAAGCUAAGAAACAAAGAGAAGGAAGAAACCAACCACAGACAUAGUGAGAAGCAGCAGGUGCUGGAGGAGGGAGAGAACAUAGAGAAGCUAGGAAAAGAAGAAGAGAAAGACCAGGAAGAAACUAACAGAAGACUUAAAGAAACUCAAGGGCUCAAAGAAGGGGAUACCGUUGAGGAAAAAGGGUUGGAGAAAAAUGGGGAGGACAUUGCCCCCCAAAAAUACGAAAACAAAGGGUACGUAGAAGAAAAAUCCAUGGACUGUGAAGAGAACCAUGGGCAACAAGAUCAGGUGAACAAAGGUGGAGAUAAUGAGGUGUCAGAGAACAGUGCCCAAAGCAGUGAAUUCCACGAGAGCCAUGAUUUGAGUUAUGAGGAGAACAAGGAGGAACAAUAUGAAGAAUGCCAUGGGGAGCUCGAGCAUGAGGAUAAGGAGAUGGUAGAGGAACAAUUUAUGGACUUUGAGGAAGAGAACCGAGAACCUGGAGAGAUGGACAUAGGAGAACAAAAUGACCAAUAUCAUGAGAUGCCAGUGCUUAAAAAUGAAGCCUGCCACUAUCAUGAAAUGCCAGUGCUUGAAAAUGAAGAGGGCAAAGAGGAAACACACAGGAAUCCUAGUGAGAAACCGGAACAUGAGGAGGUGGUGGUGAAGAAUGACAGUCUGAAACCUGAGUGCAAUACGAAACAGGAGCAAGGGUCUGUAGAGGACGAAAAGUCUGAAGAAAACCCCAUGAGUGACGAUAAGCAAGAUCAUGAAAAUGGCAACACAUCUGCUCCAAAAGAUGCCUCCACUAAACUGAAUAUAGAUGCCUCCGCUACCCUGAGGAUAAUUCCAUCGACCAGAAAUGAAAAUGCGCUUUCUUGCAAGCUCUGUGGCCGAACUCUCAUGAACAGCACUGACCUGGAACGACAUGUGAUGCGCCAUGGCUUGUAACUCAGUGUGUCGGUGCAAUUGAUAAGGAUGUACUGACUUUGAGGGUGUUGCUGCUUAGAAAUGCUGAUUUUAACAGCAAGGAGAUUACGUGAAUUUCAAUUGAAACGGUUGCAUAUUGUUUCCACAUGUAACUAGUCUUGACUGAGGAGACACUGCAGCUAUUGUUGUAAAGGACAAAAAGUCUUAUCCCAGAAUGACAGCGGUUCACAUUUCCAACGAAUUAGUUUUGGUGCUUUCUUAAUAUUUUCAUCCUGUUGUCUUUUAACAUUUUUGUAAUAAAUGACUAUCCUAGAA